AUGAUAAUAUCAGAUUUUGGAGAAUCAUAUUACGACCAUGCAUGUCUGAUUAUGCACGAAAAAGAUGUUGUAGAUCUCGAACUGAGUGGUAAACGUUCUAUGACCAAUUUACGAAAGUGGUGGUAUGAUUGGUUUUUACUUUCGUACACAGAUGAAAGAGCUCAAACGUUUUAUACAAGCACUCAUGCUCUAAGGAUGGCGAGAGCGAAACAGUAUUACAUAUACAAAAGUUCUAUACACCCUCUAAGUAAAUUCAGAAAGUUUUGGGAUUACUUCAUUGUUCUGGUCGUGGUGGUCAAUAUGUUGAUGUUUUACCACAGUACUUCAAUAACCUAUGGCAACUGGGAAUGGCAGACGUAUAUCUAUAAUGUCGGUUUGGACUUUGUUCUGUUUCUGGACAUAUACAUAAAUAUGAGAACUGGUUACAUUCACGAUAACUCCAAGAGAAUUAUAUUAAACAGCAGAAAAGUGAUGAUUUAUUAUGCUUCAACCAAGCUGUUCGCGCACGCUCUUGGUUCCAUUCCACUGGAAGGAAUUCUCUUCCUGCGAUACGGAGCUAACAUCAAUUGCGCAAUUUGUAAAGCCAAUAAAUUUGUGGCCGUCUUAGAACUGCUCUGUAUAUUUCGCUUUUAUAGACUGUUUGAUGCGACUAGCCGUUGGGGCAUGGAUAAAAGAUGUAUCAAAACAUGCUGCUGCUUGAAAUUUUUACGCAUAUCCAUCUUAGGUUUUAUCAGCAUGGUUAUUUUUAUGCACGUAUCUGAUAUAAUUUCUGUCUUGACUGUGAUACAAACGGGUAAAUUGGACAGUCGUUCAUAUUACGCUUCUGUUUUAGAUAUUAAGUAUGGCGGUGGAGUAUCUGAAACUCCACCGCCAAAUAGUGUAUUUUACUGUUUAGAGUUUGCGAGGAUUUGUAAGUCCUUUCUAUUAUUUAGCUUCAGUCUCAUCCCGCGUACUUAUUUUCCGGAUAAAAUGACGGCACUAGUUGCGUAUUUGAUCGCGAUGAUAUUUUACAUGUGGAGCAUUGUAGAAUGUUAUUUAAUUCUCAGUAUUAACAAGUUUCCACAGGAGCAAAUGCUCACUUGUGUAGAUAGAACUAUGACUUUGGUGCGCUGGCGGAAAUUGUCGGAUAGCUUUAGUAGGAAACUCAUGAGAUACUUUCGGUUCAAUAUGACGAAACUAACGAUCACGGAGAAACAGAACGGUAUUUACAAGAGCCUUCCGAAGAGUUUGAAGAAGGAUAUCGCUAUUAGUUGUUAUAGUCGAAUGAUAAUAAGGAUCCCCUAUUUUGCUGAAUGGCCUACUGAAGUGAUAGAGGAAAUGGUGAUGUUGCUUCAGGAAGAAAUUUAUUUGGAAGGUGAUAUGGUCGCAGAAGCUUCAGUGCCAAGCGAUGGACUCAUUAUAGUAGUGGUUGGUGUUCUAGCGAUAUACUCUAUCCGUAAUGAAGAAAUGGGUCACUUGAUAGACGGAGAUUACUUCUGCGAGCUAUGCCUGGUCACAGACAGGGAAAUUCGUAUGUCAUCCGUCGUGGCUAUCACUCCUUUUAUUGUUCUUAGAGAAAAUUACCUUCCGAAAGAUGAUGAGAGAAUAUCCAGAUCUAUUUUAUGACCUCAAGAAAGCCUUGAAUGCAAAGUAUAGGUCACAACGUCGGGCUACUGUGGAUCCUAUGC